CCAGUUCAUCCUUGCCAGCAUGCAGAAACCUGAGGGGCUGCCCCAGAUCACAGAUGUGGUGCUGGACAAGCCCUGUGUACCUUCACAGGCCCACAAGACCCCACUGCGGGCGCUUGACCCCAUCCGCCUCAGCGGUAUGAACUGCAGCCCUGACUUCACCCCCUCCUUCGCCAACCUUGGGCGGCCCGUCAUGGGCAACCGGGGCCUGCCCUCAGGCUUGGGUCCCCGCCGCUCCCAGCCCAGCCAGAGGAAGGAACCUCGCAAAAUCAUUGCCACUGUGUCCCUCAAUGAGGACGUCAAGCUGAACAAGGCCGAGAAGGCCUGGAAACCCAGCAGCAAACGUGCCUCUGAGGAGGAGGAUCCUGAGAACAUCAAGACGCAGGAACUGCUCCGCCGCGUCCGCAGCAUCCUCAACAAGCUGACGCCCCAGAUGUUCCAGCAGCUGAUGAAGCAGGUGAUGGAGUUGUCCAUCGACACGGAGGAACGGCUCAAGGGUGUCAUCGACCUCGUCUUCGAGAAGGCCAUCUCGGAGCCAAACUUCUCUGUUGCCUAUGCUAACAUGUGCCGUUGCCUUAUGGGGCUCAAAGUGCCCACAACAGACAAGCCCACAGUGACUGUGAACUUCCGCAAGCUGCUGCUCAACCGCUGCCAGAAGGAGUUCGAGAAGGACAAGGACGACGACGAGAUCUUUGAGAAGCGGCAGAAGGAGAUGGACGAUGCCAGUGCUCCCGAGGAGAAGGCGCGCAUGAAGGACGAGCUGGAGGAGGCACGGGACAAGGCCCGCCGGCGAUCCCUGGGCAACAUCAAGUUCAUUGGAGAGCUCUUCAAACUGAAGAUGUUGACAGAGGCCAUCAUGCACGACUGUGUGGUGAAACUGCUCAAAAACCACGAUGAGGAGUCUCUUGAGUGCCUUUGCCGCCUGCUUACCACCAUUGGCAAGGACUUGGACUUUGAGAAGGCCAAGCCCAGGAUGGACCAGUACUUCAAUCAGAUGGAGAAGAUCAUCAAAGAAAAAAAGACAUCAUCCCGAAUCCGUUUCAUGCUGCAGGAUGUCAUUGACCUCAGACGGAAUAGCUGGGUGCCGCGGCGAGGAGACCAGGGCCCCAAAACCAUUGACCAGAUCCACAAGGAAGCAGAGAUGGAGGAGCAUCGGGAACACAUCAAAGUGCAGCAGCUCAUGUCUAAAGACAAGAGGAGAGGACCCCCCGGGCCAUCCUCCAGCGGCCGUGGGAGCCUAGUUGCGGACGAUGGCUGGAACACGGUGCCCAUCAGCAAGGGCAACCGGCCCAUCGAUACCAGCCGGCUAACGAAGAUCACCAAGCCUGGAUCCAUCGACUCCAACAACCAGCUCUUUGCGCCAGGUGGGCGGCUGAGCUGGGGCAAAGGCAGCAGCGGAGGCUCUGGCGCCAAGCCUGCAGAUUCAGCAUCUGAUUCAGGGCGACCGGCCACGAGCACCUUGAACCGCUUCUCAGCGCUCCAGCAGUCGCCCCCUGCCGAGAGUCCGGAGUCCCGCCGCGUGGUGCAGAGGAGCAGCUCCAGCCGCGACAGGUCAGAGAAGGCUGGGGACAGAGGGGACCGGGAGUCACGUUCGGAGAAGGGCAGCGACCGCCUGGAGCGUCCCGACCGGGGGGAACGGGCAGACAGGAACAGGUCUGCCCUCACCAAGAGGAGCUUCAGCAAAGAGACAGAGGACAGGAGCCGAGAACGGGAGAAGCAGGGCGGCCCCGAGGCCGUGCGCAAGGCUGCUAGCAUGACGGAGGAACGGGACAGGAGCAGAGAGACCAUUAAGCAAGAGCCGGCACCUCUGGCAGCAUCCCCCAAGCCUGCGCUGUCGGAUGAGGAGCUGGAGAAGAAAUCCAAGGCGAUCAUAGAGGAAUACCUGCACAUCAAUGACAUGAAGGAGGCCCUGCAGUGCGUGCAGGAGCUGGGCAGCCCCUCCUCGCUCUACAUCUUCGUGCAGAAUGGCAUUGAGUCCACGCUAGAGAGGAGCACCAUCUCCCGCGAGCACAUGGGGGUCCUGCUGUGCCAGCUGGUGAAGGCAGGCACGCUCUCCAGGGAGCAGUACUACAAAGGGCUGCGGGAGAUCCUAGAGGUUGCGGAAGACAUGGAGAUCGACAUCCCGCACAUCUGGCUGUACCUGGCUGAGCUCAUCACCCCCAUCCUGCAAGAGGAAGGCAUCCCCAUGGAGGAGCUGUUCCGGGAGAUAACGAAGCCCCUGGUGCCCAUUGGGAAGGCCGCCACGCUGCUGGUUGAGGUGCUGGGCUUGUUGUGCAAGGGCAUGGAGCUGACUUCAGAGGAGUUGUGCAAGCAAAUGGACAAGCUGCUGAAGGAGAACCCGAACAACCAAAGAAUACACGACUGGAUCGAGGCCAACCUGAGUGAGCAGCAGGUCUCAUCCAACACAUUUAUCAGGGCCACCAAGACCCCAUUGGCUGGACUGACGCUGGAACCAGGACGGAACCCCUACCGCGUGGACGCCCUGGUCAUCCGCAACCAAGCCAAGCUGCUGCAGAAGUACCUGCGAGACGAACAGAAGGAGCUCCAAGCACUCUAUGCCCUGCAAGCCUUGGUGGUGAAGUUGGACCAGCCUCCCAACCUGCUGCGGAUGUUUUUUGAUGCCCUCUACGAUGAGGAUGUCAUCAAGGAGGAGGCUUUCUACAAGUGGGAGUCCAGCAAAGACCCGGCCGAGCAGCAGGGCAAAGGGGUGGCUCUCAAAUCCGUGACAGCCUUUUUCACCUGGCUCCGGGAAGCUGAGGACGAGUCGGACAACAACUGA